AUGAAUGAAUUUCAAACGAUUAAAGAUGGUUUAUCAGUAACCGAAGAAGCCUUAGAAAUGGAGAAAGACGUAUUUUCGAAAGGAGAUAAUUAUACAAUUAGAAUACUUGAUGUUUCAAAGAUAUUCAAAGAUGCAAAAAAGAAACCUAUUUAUGCAGUUAAUCAAGUCUCUUUAGGAAUCAAGAAUAAUUCAGUCUUUGGCUUCUUGGGUGCUAAUGGAGCAGGCAAGACAACACUUAUUAAGAUAAUCUUGAAAGAAAUUCCAGUCUCAAGUGGAACUAUCCAAAUAAAUGGAAGAAAUAUCCAAUCCUUGAGAUCAAUUAAUGUUGCAUUUUGUCCGCAGUUUGAUGAUCAUUUGACACCACAACUUACAGGUCGACAGAACAUGAAAUUUUUCUGUUACUUGUUCAACAAACGAGGACAAGAAGCGGAUCGUAUUAUCAAUCGAAUUAUCGAAGUCUUAGAUUAUUCAGAACAUGUUGACAAACGAAUCCAAGACAUGUCCGGCGGUAACCGACGAAAAUGUUCAGCAUCUAUUCCAUUCUUAUCAAACUGUAACAUCAUAUUACUUGAUGAACCAACAUCAUCUCUAGAUCCAAUCGCGAGACAUCAUUUACAUCAACUGAUCAACAUGAACAAAGUUGGCAAGACUAUCAUGUUAUGCACACACUUGUUAGAUGAAGCAGAAAGUUUAUGUGACCACAUUUCAAUUAUGCUUAAUGGCUGCAUAUAUGCUUGCGGAACACCAGAAUAUUUAUCUAACAAAUUUGGCAAAGAAUGGAAGAUUGAUAUCAUAUUGAAUGAUGAUUCAAUCAUUACUUCGCAAAAAGUUAAAAAUUUCAUCAAAAAGAACAUUCCAAAUUCUGUUUUAUCUGUUGAAGAUAAGAUUUCUUUGAUAUAUUCAGUACCGAUUGAAGAUUAUUCCAUUACAAAAUUGUUCAGCAUUGUUCAGAAAGGUAAGAACGAAGAUAUUGGUAUCAAAUUCUAUACAUGUUCUUGUUCUACACUUGAGAAAGUUUUCAUGGAAAUUGUCAUGAAAUCAGAGCUUAAAAAACAUGCAGUAAAUAAGACAGCAGACAAUACUGUCAGUGUUGAUAGUGGUAUCAGUAAUGAUAUACCAUAUCUUUAA